CGGGCCAUGCGUUAAACUGAGUGUGCGCAAUGCUGCUCAGCGAGCUGCACUUUUGGACAACGCUGCAGGUGCGCAUCAAGAGCAGCGACUUGGGCGCCUUUCACUACACGCACCAACGAGAGCUCUCGCAGGAGCUGCCGUCGCUGGCCAAGCGUGAGUACACCGAACGACGCAAUGGACUGGCGGUGCUUAAGAACAGUCGCAAGGCGGCGGGCAGGCUAAAGGAUAAUUUGAAAAGGCUCGAGGAUCUGCUGCGCACACAUAAGCUGGUGCAUUCGGAGUGGCAGGAUGCGGCGCAGGUGUUGCUGCUCUUUGACAAUGGCAUCAUUACACACAUAUGCGUUGACAUAUAUACGGGCGACAUGCUGCGCAUGGUCUUUGACAAGUAUCUAGUUGGGAAAUUAGCUGCCGAGGUCAUUACCGAUGCAUUUUUUACACGCUCCCACAUAGUCUUGGCCUACAAUACCAAUCAGCUGACGGUGGUGCAUUUGCAGCGUCCCAACCAGCGUCCGUUGGGACCGGAGAAGAUUGCCAACAUGGAUGCGCGCAUAUUUCAUGUGAUUAUUCCAGGCGCCAGUGAGCGUAAAUUAGCACGCCAUCUAACGGUGAAUGGCAGCUAUGAUUUAUUUGUGGUAUGGACACAAUCCUCACAGAACGAGGUAUACCCCUGGCGACCCACAGUACGCGAUCAGGAUCGCGCCAACAUACAUAUAUUCAAAAUCAAAGGGUACCAUUGCAGCUGGAAUCCUUGGCCAUAUUGCUGGUCAGAGAACGAUCCACUUUGUGUUGACUUUUUGCGCAGCUCGGAGAAUCAGCUAAUUACGUUGGAACAGAAAGUAUCGCGUAAGGGUGACAUCAGCGCUGAGAUCUGCUCCUAUGAGCUUGCCACUGGCAAAAUGCAACGCACUGCAAUUACCUCCAUUGCCAUGGGCACACAAAUCUGUUGCUUUGCAUUCAGUCCGGAUCAGGAGAAACUCUUUCUGGGCAGCAUUGAUCGCAACAUUUGUCUGCAUGAUCUGGUGCUGCAGACCACGAAGUAUGUCAAUCAAAUUGAACUUGUGCCCACACAAUGCGCUUGGCACUGCGACUCGGCGCUACUUUGCGUGGCCAACGAGCGCUCCGUGCUGCAGUGCUUCGAUCUGGCGCUGGCGCCCAUAGGCAAUCAGUUGCUUAGUGAGAAUGUCACACCGGUCAGUCUGCUGGACUUGUCGCAUUAUUUUACAGCACAGCCAACUCUACUGAGCAUUGCUUUCAGUGGGAAGCCGGACUUGGCUAACUUCACGCACAAAUAUGCACAAACAGAUUGCUUGCUGCUUCUGUUGUACGAGCAGGGUCCGUUGGCUUGCAUGCGUGUCUUUGGCGGCGCUGGCAUGCGCGGCGAUAUACACAACUCUGGACUGACGGCGGAUGUUAUUGCGGACAAGUAUCUGCGUCUGCAGCAGCCGGAGCGCGCAGUCAAUGUGCUGGCCGCACUCAACUGGGAAACCUAUGGCGCCAUGUGCCUGAUAACGCUGCAUAAGAUAGCCAACUAUAUAUUCUUUGCCGGAGAUCAGCGACGUGCGCGCAUUGAGCUUAUGGCCAGAGCUUUGAAGACAUUUGCUCAUACGCUUAGCGAGGAUACCAAGGAUGAGUUCAGCGAUCAGGUCUAUGAUCUAAAGCGACGUUUCUGCUUUUUUCUGCUACGGAAAAAUUUAUUUAGUGAAGCCUUUGAAAUGGCACAGGACAUUGGGGAUUAUGAUCUGUUUAUGGAUCUUUACAACUUGACCAAAUGCAUUGCCAGUCUGCGUGAGCUGGCCCAAGCUGCAUUUGGCCAGGCGGCCGCCAUAGUGCACGAUGAGGAGCCAGAGCUUGCUAUUGCACAACUGUGUGACUUGCGUCCGGAUUCUGUCUGCUCGCAGUCCAGUUAUUCCUCACCCAGUCAGCAGGCGUUGAAAAAUUAUGUGCCACCCUUGCCCUCGUUCAAGUCGAAGAUAUUUAAUGCUGAAAUGAUUAAAAUCAAUAUACCCAAGCCGGAACUGCGUCCUGUAAUGCCGGAACUGCGCACCUCCAAGCUGAGCAGCGCUGCCACUGCCAGCUCCUUGGUGGCCCUGGCUAUGAAAAGCGGUAGUCAGACAUUAGUGAAACCGCCUAACCUGAAUGGAAAUGGCUGGUCGCAUGAUGUGCCAGAUCAAACAGUGGGUCUGCCUUUGCCAAGCAGCAGUCAGCUGCGACCGUCUGGCUUGCAUGAACUAGAACCUCAACCCAUGCCGCUGCCGUCUUUAGCGCUAAUGCCAACUCAAGCUGCGCCACCGCCUGCUUAUCAUCAGCCUAAGUUCUAUCAGCAUCCGCUUGUCUCGGGCAAUAUACCUGCCAUGCUGCCGACGCUAAGCAAUGAGGAUCAUCAAAAGCGUUUGCUUAUGAAGAAACCCACUGCUUCCAUACUCUCAAAUCCAGCAGCAACGCCAGCCAAUGGUGAAGCUGCUACGACGACUACAGUAAAAAGCGCGUCGGCUGAGAAAAACAAAGUGAAAUUCUCGGACACCAUACAAGUGGCCGUUGUACCGGAAAUACCACGCAAGGAGAAGCCGCUGCCGCCCAAACGUAAUGGCUAUUCACGUCCAGCAGCGCGGCAUUUAAAUCCACGCAAGGAGCUGGCUGAUAGUCUGCCGCUUUGCCAUCCCAAUGAUGAGUACUUAAAGGAUUUUAAUCCAAUUACCACAAAUGUCAGCAAGCCUCCCUCACGACGACGCGAGGAGGAUUCCAGUAAUAACAAAACAGCAGCAAACAGCUCUUCAACUUCCUCCAUUAAGGUGGUCCAUUUUGGCGUUGUCUAAACAAAUACUCUAUAGU